GGGUGGCUUAAAUAUAGAAGCGCUCGGUCUCCAAGGACGCACGAAAGAUGGAUAGAGAUGCGAUUCCAAAUGGAUAUGUUCCAGAUCGUCAAGGUGGUGAAGACGAUAACAAAAGCAAUGACGUUGCGAUAAAAAAUGAUAUUGGCGGAGUUUCAAAUCUUUAUCCAAGCAUUCAAAACACAGAAAAAGAAAGAUACAAUGCAAGAAUCGAUGAAGUUGCAGUUACAUCCAAAGAUAAAAAGGGUGCUUCCGAGGAAAAAAAAGCGGAUUUGGAAGACGGUUCCGAAGAAAAAGUGCCUCCUGUAGGAAUCUGUUCUUUGUUUAGAUAUUCAAGUGCCUGCGACAGGCUUUUCAUCAUCAUCGGUCUCGUCGUUGCAAUAGCAUCAGGAGCCUCCAUGCCGGCCGUCAUGAUCAUAUUUGGACAGGUGAUAGAUGAAUUGGUGGAUCACAGUAAAAAUGUUACCAAUGUCACCACAUCUAUGCAAGACUUUUUAGACUCAACCGCAAGAUUAUGCAUGUAUAACGCAAUAUGUGGUGUUACUUUUUUCAUAUGUAACUACAUAUACGUAAGUUUUUUUAGUCUCGCUGCCGCAAAUCAAGCUUUCAGAAUCCGAUGUCUUUUCAUGAAGUCGAUCCUGAGGCAAGACAUUGGGUGGUUUGACACAAACCAGACAGGAGAUUUUGCGAGCAGAAUAACAGAUGACUUAACCCGCAUUCAAGAUGGCAUGGGUGAGAAGAUUGGCAUCUGCAUAAGCUUUUUGUCAUCCACCGUACUUUGUGUAGGCGUCGGACUGUACUAUGGAUGGAAACUGGGAUUAGUUAUUCUAUCCAUAACACCCGUUGUUGCGAUCGCAAUGGCAAUAAUGACAAAGGUUCAGGCGAACGUGUCUCGUGAAGAGCUAGCGGCUUAUGGAACGGCGGGAGCUGUCGCGGAAGAAGUAAUUUCUUCCAUUCGAACGGUAGUGGCUUUUGGUGGCGAAAGGAAAGAAAUUCAAAGGUACGAAAAUUGCUUGGAGCCAGCGCGGAAGAAAGGCAUAAAACGAGGUCUCAUUACCAGCAUCAUGGCCGCACUCACUUGGUUCUGUAUUUUUGCCGGUUAUGCCCUGGCAUUUUGGUACGGCGUCAAACUCAUCAUUGAAAGCGAAGAAAAGGGCACAAAAGAGUAUACAGGAGGAAAACUGAUAAUAGUUUUCUUCAAUGUUAUGUCAGCUUCUAUGUUCAUUGGGCAGACGGCGCCAUACUUUGAAGCCUUUGCUCUGGCGAGAGGUGCAGCUGCUAAAGUCUAUCAAAUUAUUGAUCGAGAACCGUCCAUCGACAGCAGCUCAGAUGCCGGUAUGAAACCUGCGUCUCUGAAUGGUUUCAUCAGACUGAAGAAUGUCGCUUUUAAAUACCCAUCAAGGCCAACUGUUCCAAUAUUGACUGGUUUAUCAUUAGAUGUUCAACCGGGAGAAACGGUUGCUUUGGUAGGACCCAGUGGAUGCGGGAAGAGCACUGUUAUACAGUUGAUCUUGCGAUUCUACGACGCGGAGUCUGGAAGAGUUGAACUUGAUGGUAUCAAUGUCAAAGACUUGACCGUGGGCUGGCUGAGAGAUCAGAUUGGUUUGGUGGGACAAGAACCUGUUUUAUUUUCAACAACGAUUGAAGAAAACAUCAAGCUUGGCAAACUUAAUGCUACUGCAGAAGAAGUUAUUGAAGCCGCAAAAAUAGCCAAUGUUCAUGAUUUUAUAGACAGUUUACCAAAGAAAUAUAAGACAUUAGUGGGUGAGCGUGGAACUCAGCUCAGUGGAGGACAGAAACAGCGAAUUGCCAUUGCUCGAGCUCUCAUCAAGAAUCCGAGGAUACUUCUAUUAGAUGAAGCUACUUCGGCCCUAGAUACUGAGAGUGAAGCGGUCGUCCAAGCAGCUCUUGAUGAGGCAAGAAGGGGUCGCACUACGAUUGUAGUCGCUCAUCGUCUUUCUACAAUUAGAACAGCUGAUAAAAUUGUUGUCUUAUCGGAGGGAGAAGUCAAGGAAUUCGGUACCCAUGACGAGUUGAUGUCGAGCAAAGGAAUUUAUUACCAGUUAGUGGAAACACAGGUGAGAAUAAAUACUCAACUAAUGGAACCAUGGCACACCAACGAGACUAAGAGUGCUGAAGAUGAUGAUGAGGAGGAAGAACUGAACGAUGAAUUACGUGAAUUAGACAGAAGAAUGAGCUUACUAAGUGGUGACUCUGAUGAAGUUAUACCCGGAAGAAUUCAACGCCAAUUUUCUUCUGGAAAGGCUUCUUUGCACAGGCAAAUUUCAACCGUUAGCAAUCGACUGGACAGACAGACUUCUGCCGGAAGUGGGCAGAACGAAGUUCCUCUUGAAGAUGAAGAGGAGAUAGUUAAAGCAUCUCCAGCAAAGAUGCGAUUACUAAAAAUUUCGGCUCCCGAGUGGCCUUACGCCCUUGUCGGUUGUAUUUCUGCUGCACUCAUGGGAUUUCAUUUCCCACUGUUUGGGAUCAUAUUCGGCGACAUACUUGGUGUUUUAGCAAAGAGCACAGAGGAAAUGCAAGAGAGCAACUCUUUUUUCUGCCUCCUUUUUGUUCUCAUGGCCAUCACAUCUUUCAUUUUUACGUUCUUACAGAUUUUCAUGUUUACUGUUGCUGGUGAAAAGUUAACAUCAAGAUUAAGAAAAAUGGUUUUUGCAAAUAUAAUUACACAGGACAUAACAUUUUUUGAUCAUCCUAAGAACAGUGUGGGAUCUUUAUGUUCUAGACUAACAUCUGAUGCAUCCAGCGUUCAAGGGUGCACUGGUUCCAGAAUAUCCACGGUACUUCAAGCGAUCUCCACGAUGGGAGUUUGCGUUUUCAUAGCUCUCUACUACAAUUACAAAAUUGGGUUGGUUGUAUUGGCCUUCGUUCCGUUUGUUCUCUUGGCAACUUAUUUGGAAGGAACGAUUGUGAGUGGACAGUCCAUUGGAGAAAAAACUGCUACAGAAGGAGCUACUAAGGUAGCGAUCGAAGCAAUUGAAGGCAUUAGGACCGUAGCCUCCCUGCAUCAAGAAACCACAUUUUUUGUACAAUUUCGUGAUGCAUUAAUUACUCCUUAUAAGAAGUCAAGGUUGAAAUCUCACGUGAGAGGCCUGUCGUAUGGGUUUGCCCAAGGAAUCCAGGCUUUCGCUUAUGCUGCUACUAUGUACUACGGCAGCCGUUUGGUCUCUAAAGGGGAAUUAGAGUAUGCAAAUCUUUUAAAGGUUAUUGAAGGAGUGCUUGUUGGCAUAAUGAUGGUUGGUCAAGCCGUAGCUUUUUCUCCCGACUAUCAGAAAGCUAAAGUGGCUGCAGUUAGAAUCUUUCAAUUAUUGGAUUUGAAGCCCGAAAUCGAUACCUUUUCACAAGGUGGCCUAAUUCAGGACAAUGUGGAAGGACAUAUUCGCUUCGAGAAAGUGUAUUUCAACUACCCCAGCCGACCAAAUGUCAAGAUUCUGAGAGGUUUGGAACUGGCCAUUGAACCUGGGAAAACAGUCGCUUUAGUUGGUAGCAGUGGUUGCGGCAAAAGUACCUGCGUCCAGCUCAUCGAACGAUUCUACGACCCUCAAAUAGGCAAAGUGAGAAUUGACGAAGAAAACAUCCGAGAGUUGAAGGUUUCCGAGCACCGGAAGCACCUCGGCAUCGUUUCCCAAGAGCCCACCCUCUUCGCUUACAGUAUUGCCGAGAACAUUGCCUAUGGAGACAAUUCCAGGGCCGUUGACAUGAACGAAAUCAUGGCAGCCGCAAGACAAGCAAAUAUCCAUAAUUUCAUUACAUCACUACCACAGGGCUAUGAAACGCCUGUUGGAGACAAAGGGGCGCAGCUCAGUGGAGGACAGAAACAGAGGGUGGCAAUUGCGAGAGCUCUUGUCAGAAAUCCAAAAAUCCUCCUGCUAGACGAGGCGACGUCAGCCCUUGACGCCGAGAGUGAAAAGGUUGUUCAAGAAGCUUUAGAUAAAGCAAGAACUGGAAGAACUUGCUUAGUGAUUGCCCACAGGUUGAGCACGAUACAGAAUGCAGAUGUCAUCAUGGUGAUACACAAAGGAAGGAUAGUUGAGAAGGGAACUCAUCAGGAACUUUUAAAUUUAAAAGGACAUUAUUUCAAUCUACACAAUACCCAAGCCACUAAUCGAUAAUUCAUUAUCAUUAUUUUUAAAACGUUUGGUGAACUCUUGCUAAUUCGAAUAAGCUGCUUCGCAAUGAGAGUUAUUAAUUAAAAUAAAUAAAGAAAGAAGUUUUUAUAAAUAAAUUUCGGGCUUCAAUUUCUAUCAUGACUACAAACUACAGGUCUUCAUUUAUAGUUGGGGUAAACCCAAUCUGGCAGCGCCGCAAUGCUAUGAUUAGAACCUGCGUAGCUUUCACAAUGCUGCCAGGUUUGGUUUGCCCCAACUAUAGUAACUAUGCAUGUAGAUGUGUCCGUUACCAUACAAUCUGAAGAAUCAUCUCGUAUUACAUCAGGCAUGUGAGUUGUCGAUGUUCCGAGACUUCUUGUUUCUCCAACGGGAGUAAAAAUGUUGCUUAAAGGCAAUCGCUUUUGGGAGAAAAUUGUAUUAUAAAUUGCCUUCUGUUUUUGCGGGAGGAAAUCCAAUGAGAUUCUUCUAAAAGUUGAAAUCAACUCUUCCGCUGUGGUCUAAAUACGGAAACCAAUGAAUAAGAGAAGAGUUCUGUUAGUUGCACGGAAUUACUGUAAAUUUUCAUGUGCUAUACGAGCUUGUAGCUGAAAGUAAAAGACUGCAAUCUGUACUAAGAUUUUCCUGUUACCAAUUCAACUAUGUUAUCUGUAAUCAGAGAUUAGUUUCUACAAAAUGAUAUCGUUUUAUUUUUUUUCGUAAACCCAGUUCAGGCUAUUAAAAUAUGUCGUGAGGGAAAUUGAUCAAAAUUGCAUUGUCAUAUCAUGUAUCAUUUGUCAACAGCUUGUAAAGCAUGUCAAAUGUUAUGCCAAAUAAGAAAAAAAAAAUUAUUACGUUUUUGGUAAAAUGUAGAAAAUAUGCUUAUGCUUUCCAACACUGAGUGUUUAACAUCAAAAAUAUAAAAAAUGUUAUAUAAAACCAAAAUAUGCGUUUUGAUGAUGAUCCAAGAGAAAAGGAUUACGCAUUUUCUGUCACUUUUAGUUUGGAAUGAGCCGGUGUUAUUGUCUUUUAAAAAAAUGCUAGCACGUGUUUUUAUAAAUUUGCAUAAAUUCACUAAAUUCGUAAUGUCUUCUAAGUAUUAUAAAUCAAUAGAUACAAAUGCUUAAAUUAAAAAAAAAAUCAUGUUUUAAUGAAAUAUUAAUUCAGCAGAUUGGGAACUUAAAUGGCAAAAAAAAAUGUAUUCCUUGAUUUUUAGCAAGAGUCUACCGACACUUAAUUUAUAUGAACUCUUUUCGUUUCUAACAUGUCCAAAACGAGCUUCAGAAAUCUGAAUCUUGAUAUUCUUAUGGAGUCGGAGCUGCAAAUUUGGAAAAAUAGUUUUUUUAAGUAUCUAAAAGGAAUACUAGUUCGCAUACACAGACACUAACUUUUGUGCGAAUAAGUUCCUCACUAUAUCCAAUCGAUUUUAAAUGUGCAAAAGCAGUAGUGCUAUUGUACAGUUGAGCUAAUCCAAACUGGUUAGGUACAAAUUUACAAUGAAUUUCUUUGAUUGCACUGUACAGUUAUGGGGAAAGUUAAUCAUUACGAAACUAUUAUAGGAUAUGUUCGGGGAUUGAACUACGGGUUAACCGGAUUGCACCGGUACUAACUAGGAGCCGAAAAAGUCAACUGAAAAUGUAUGAAAACAUUCUAUGGACACUUAUCGCAGUAAUCACUGACUUCAUCAAAUGUCAUGAAAUCAAUCAAACGGGUUAACCCGUUGACGGAUGUGCUGUUCGAACAUACCCUUAGAUUGCUUCUUGUUGAAGAAAUAUAAUUUUGUAUUGGUUUCUAAAUACAUUUGCUAGUAAUCAACUUCUUGUUAUUGUUCGCAAAUACAUAGCUUGAUUAUUAAUUUAAAGAAGUAGACGUUACGUCCGUUCUCGACGGAGUUGAAAACAUGUUUUUUUUUUCUGCUAAAAAAGAAGCAUUUACUUAAAAAGGAAAUUUUUUACUCAUUCAUUUCACUUAUUUUGUUUUUGUAAAUAUAAUGGUUCAGUUUGUAAUAAAUAAAAAUCGAGCUUAAAUGUGCUGAAAUGUCUUAGUUAGCUAAGAUGCAACUAUUUUCUCUUGUCCAGUUACUAUAAUGUAUAAAAAUUUUUAAAAUUCUGAACUGCAAUCCAACUAUUCGUAUUUAAUGUGUGAACAAAAAUAAUUUUGAAUACAGUAAGAUGUGCUUAAAUCUGGUUGGUGUCCUAUCAAAAUCUGUAGAACAAUGGUGUCAAAGUCAUGUAUUUCGAUUUGAACCUCUGUAUAUGUAUUAAACAAAUGAAAAAAAAAAAAGCAAUUUAGUUCUUUUUUUUUAUUUGUACCUUUUUUUUCACGAGAAUGCAUUGCAACCAAAUGCUUGAAAAUUCGUCAAGAUAUUAGACGAGUUACAGCAACAAUAGUAUUUUAAAAUUUUUGUAGUAUAUUUUUUAGUGAGCAAAAUAUCUCAAAAUAAAGACGAAGAAUGAAGCAUGUGGAAGUGUUCCCGCUUUUAGAAAUUACAUUUUUAACUCUCAUGCACGGAGCCUCAAAAGGGCCAACAAAUCACACUAACAUACAUUACUUCUUUCUAACUCACAAAUUUAGUCUUUCAUGUCUCAUUAAAAAAAAUAAUAAUUU